ACAAACCCCUCGGAUGACUCCUAAUAGUUAUCGCCAGAUGUACUAAUACACAACAAAUCACGGUCCGGGGUCUGGGGAGCGCCCAUGAGUUCCUACUUCGUCAAUCCCUCUUUCCCGGGGAGCCUGCCCGGCGGGCAGGAGUCCUUCCUCGGGCAGCUCCCCCUCUACCCGGCCGGCUACGAGGCGCUGAGGCACUUCCCCGCCUCCUCCUCCGCCGCCGCCUCCUCCUACGGGGCCGGCAGCCUGCCGGACAAGCCCUACACCUCACCUGGCUUCUACCAGCAGUCCGCCGCCGCCGCCGCCGCCGCCACCACCGUCCUCGCCUGCAGCCGCGGGCCCGCCUACGACUACGCGGGAGGCUCCUGCUGCUACGCCGACAAGGACCUGGCCGCCGCCAACGGCUCCGGCAAGCCGCGGCCCGGCCACCCGGGGGACUAUCUGCCCUGCUUCGCCUCCGACCAGCAGUACAAGCCCGAGAGCGGGCCGGGCAAAGCCCUCGGUGACGACGGCAGCGACCGGAAGUACAGCAGCCCCGUUUACCCCUGGAUGCAGAGGAUUAACUCCUGCGCUGGUACCGUCUAUGGGACGCACGGGAGACGGGGCAGGCAAACCUACACCAGAUACCAGACCUUAGAGUUAGAGAAGGAAUUCCAUUACAACAGAUACUUAACCAGAAGGCGACGGAUUGAGAUUGCCAACGCGCUCUGCCUUACUGAACGACAGAUUAAAAUCUGGUUUCAAAACAGACGCAUGAAGUGGAAAAAGGAGAGCAAACUGAUCAAUUCCACACAGCCCGGCGGCGAAGAGACAGAGGAGAAGCCAGGGGAGUAAGACCGUGCUUGAGCCAUAUUAACAGACCUUGCCUGGGUAUCUUGCUCCCCCCCUUCCCCCCCUUCCGCUUUUCUUUCCACUAAAC